GUUCCGACACUUCCGCCAAAACGUCAAACUUUGGUUUAUUUCUUUCCGUCACUUUAGUUUGGUUAAAGUGGACACAUUUUAUUAAGAUAACUCACCAAAAUGGUGCAACGAUUGACGUUGAGAAGGCGUUUGUCCUACAACACCAAGUCUAACAAACGACGUGUUGUUCGCACCCCGGGUGGACGGUUGGUUUACUUGUACGUGAAGAAGCAGCGUACGGUCCCGAAAUGCGGUCAAUGUAAAGAGAAGCUCAGCGGCAUUAAGCCCUCCCGUCCGAGUGAGCGUCCAAGGAUGUGUCGCCGGUUGAAAACCGUCACCCGUACCUUUGGUGGUGUUCUCUGCCACCGUUGCCUGCGUGAACGUAUCAUCCGUGCAUUCCUGAUCGACGAACAGAAGGUCGUCAAGGUUCUGAAGGCCCAGCAGCUCGGCAAACCGAUUAGCAAGCCUCCGAAGAUUCCGAAGGCCCCCACUACGGCUGCUGCGACCAAGAGCAAGUGAAACGGUUCGGUUGGUCAGAGUUCAGUGAAAUGUAUGCCGUGUAAGUUAUAAGAAAACAUUCUGUUUAAUAAAAUUCAGGCGGACGAGAAGUAAGCAAACACAAAA